AUGUACGUUCUCGGCUUCGUCGAAUGGGUGCCGUCGUCUCACGACGUUUCACCAGAACCACCACUCAUGUGGUGUUUUCUUUUGGAGGAAGAGCAGCAAUUUUGCGAUGUGCUUUCGCAUUACCAAAAAAACCUUUUCUUGUUGAUCCACAAUGGGUUUAUGAGAAGACUGCUCACAAAUGGUGUUACUGAGCAGCGUCCGGCUGAGAGAGUGGACAAGGUUCCUAUAAAGAGGAAGGUCCUACGUCGACGCACCCAUUGUGCUUUUGCGCUGGAAUACCGUGACCCAUCCAAUGAUGCUUGCCAAAUAACCAGCGCAACGAGAGAUGAGCAGAAUGCAGUAUGUGGACGGCUCAUGCAGAAUCUUGAUAAAAGUGUCUCCGAAGGAAAUAAAGGCUCGAAAAAUACUCAACUACGAUGCCAGUUCGAUGCAGCUUCCAAGCGAAAGCCGCGACAAGAUUGUAUAGAAGUCGGAGGUUCUCCCACACGAAAGUGUUUGGGGGCUAUAGAAAAUUCCUCUGAAUUGGGAGGUCUACUAGGUUUUCGAAUUCCUUCUCAUGGUGGCGUUUUUGGUCCAUUAGUCGAGACAGCAUCUUCACUAAUCAAUAAUCUGCAAUUAGCAUCAACUUCGGAGGACUUUGUCAGAAAAGAGAAUGUUCCUAACGUUGCGAAAAUCAGAAAUAGAAUAGUACUCACUGGAUUUUCAAAAGAGGAAGAAAGAGAAUUGCAACCGUAUGCUUCUAUAUUGGGCCUGAAGGUACAGGCGAAAAUCAACGACAGAACAUAUUGUGUUAUAAGUGCGAAAGGGGAUCGCACUCUAAAUACUCUACGAGCAGUUAUCUCUGGUGUUCCAGUGCUCGAUGCAUGUGUUGAAGCGAAUAAGUUCAUACCUCUGGAUCGAUAUCAUUACGACCGAUGGGAAAGUUUAAUGCAGAAAAGAGAGCAGAACUGGCGCCUGUUCUCCGGAACGGGAAGUAUUUUCGUUUGCGACGGUUGCUCCCCUCCUAAGAAUGACAUCGAAUGGAUGAUUGAAAAGAGUGGAGGAGCGGUAACAAAUGAUCCAUGCGAGUGUGCGGUGGUUGUGGCCCCUUCCGAUCACACCCUGGAAAUACUUUGCUCAUCAGAUCUGGAACUUCCUCCGCCCGUGGUUGUGGAGAAGUACAUUCUAGACUGCAUCAGUGAAAACAGGCUACUUGACUUCGAAGACUAUAUGGAACAUGAUGUCGUCAAAGAAAAAUGCUAA